AUGAGGUAAAAUUAUUAUAUAAUUUAAUUAGCUUGGUUAAGCUAGUGGAUCUUAUAUCUAUCAAUGAUUAUUAUGAUGAAUAAACCAUUUUGGAAAGAUGUGGAAUGAUUAAUAUGCCUGUAUUGGAUAAGUGUUAGUUAGAACUGUUAAAGAUACUUUCAUUAGACUAAUAAUAAAGCUAAUAAUGA